AACCCAGCAAUUAAACCUGCAAAAAUAUAGUUCACUAAACCGAAUCGAGCAAUAAUGAGGUAUUCGGUUUAAUCCGGUUGGGUUUGGGUCCAUCUUUAUAAUUCAUUAUUGCUUGAUUCGGUUUAAUAUAAAACUCUAAACCACACGAGAAGGCACGACCCGCGACUUCGCUUCGAAGCCUUUCUGAGCUGUACACCAACUGUUCGACGAAUUGCCCCAGAGAGUUUCCAAAACAUAAGCGCUUAUGGAGGAAGAAGACUGGGAGGCGUCCUCUUCAAGCGAGACCGAAGAAGCUGGUUUUGCAGCAGAUGACGACGAAGAGUUUAAUGCAGGACCCAAGUUACAAUUCAGAAUUGGAUCUUCAAAGGCUCGUUGGGUUACAGAGCUAGGAAUGGCUGAAGUUGAGGUUAAAAGAGGGAAGCUUUGGACAACCACUGGAAUCAUACGUAGCGGAAAGACAUACUGUUUCAUAGAAGAGGCUUUGUAUUUGAGUGAGAUAGGAGAGUUGCAGAUCUUGGGUGAUGAUGAUGCUGUGAUCCCAUUGAAGGGCUUGUAUGAGAUGAUUGCAGAGGAGAAAAGUGGAUGCUGUUGGGAAAGCUAUGAGGUUUAUAGAUACUUGAAGGGUCUUGGUUACAUCUUAGGCAGGCAUGGAGUUCCUUGGACGUCAAAGGGUGCUGAGAUUAUGACACCAAGUGGUGAAGAAGAGGAUAGUGUCACUAAACUCUUGGGAGAUAUGCAACUCUGUGAUGCAAGAGCUGUGUUUGAUGUGUACUUGCCGAACAGCCGGUUCAAGAAGUCUUCUCCUGGUGAACCUAGCUUUGUGGCUUGCUUAUCAGGGGACUCUCCACCAAGCAAAGAAGAUGUUAGAGUCCUGCAAAGCCGCAUAGAUGCACCGUUAAGGUUCUGUCAUAUCUCUCAGGGCCGUGUUAGUUUCUUUUCUUUCAGUUCCAUAGACCUCUCUGUCUUACCAUAAAUGUAACAAGAAACAAAAAGCGGAAUGUUCUUGUAUUUUUUAGACAAAGUAACUGAGAGCUUACAUACACUUUGGAUAAUAUGUACUACAACUUUCUGUUUUUUUCUACAAGGCAUUUAGUAAGAA